UACAUAAUAUAAAUAUUAUGAUUUAUGUUUAUGCUCGUGAGUAUUGUUGUUAUUCGUGAUAUCACAAAUAGAGAUAAGAUUACCUCAAGUUUUGUUUUUAUUAUGAUCAUGGACCACAAUUUUAGUCAUUCAUGAAAAAUACAUAAUAUCAAGAAUCAAGAUUGAUAUACCUUUCAAUAAUCUUUAAUCAUGAUUCGUGAUACAAAAUAUUCAUAAUAAUAUAAUAUGAGAGUAUGAUGAGUAUUGAGUAGGUAACACGAUUGUAACAUGAUCACUGUUAUAUAAUGGUUAUGACGUUAUUAUAUAAUAAUAAUAUUAUAUUACCAUUUCGUCUUUUUACUACCCUCUCUUCUAUCUAGAUGGACAGUAAUUUCAAAUUUUACGAGUAUUCAAAGUGAAGAUAAGACUUCAGGAAAGGUACUAAAAUAAACCAUGGAAAGUUGGAAAAAAAUUACAUAUGUGGUGGCCAUUUUUAUGUUUCUGAUACAAAUACGUCCACUAGAGCCAUAUUUAACAGCUUAUCUCACUGGGCCAAAUGGGAACAUUUCUCUUUCAGAGGUGGCUAACUCGUUGGAGUCCAUUAGAUCGUAUUCUGCUCUUAUAGCAACGUUAAUAAUGUUAAUCAUCUCAGACUAUCUACUGUACAAGCCGGUGGUCAUAAUCUUAACAUUUUGCUCAUGUAUCACUUAUAUUCUGAUGGCGGGUUUACCUAGCUUAACACAACUAAAAGUGUCUAUGUUCUUCUAUGGAACAGCAUACUGUACAACAAUAGUAGCAUCAUGUUAUUUAUUUGCCUGUAUCGAAGACAGAAAACAUUUUCAAAAGUCUGCCAGCAUCGUGGCUGUUGGUUUGCAGCUAGGAAAAUUCUUUGGAGACAUCUCUGGGCAAAUCAUAGUCAGCUCAAGUGGAGGAAGCUAUACAUCACUGCCAUACUGUAAUGCAUUUGCUAUGUUCUUGGCUACAAUUUGGGCUUUUGUAUUUCCUCCUAUUAAACCAAAGGAUUUGUUGACCACAAAUUGUCCAGAUGAAAAGACCGUGCUUCUCAGAAACAGUAAAACAAUUACAUCUGACACUCAUGAAAUAAAAUAUUGUAUUAACAGGGUGGAUAAAGAUUAUAAGAUAGUAGUUGUUAUAAAACAAAUCUGGUUGGAUUUUAAGACUUCACUCGCAAAUAAAAUUAUACUAAAAAAAUCUGUUUGGUAUAUAUUUGGCAUGGCGGCAUAUGUUCAGGUUUUAAAUAAUAUGAACGUACUGUACUCAUAUGUUGUUAAUAAACAUGGAGAUAAUGAUAUCUUGUCAAAUGGAUUUGCUGAGUCAAUGGUCACAUUGUGCGGUGCAUUGGGUGCGUAUCUAAUUGGUAAAUUGCAAUUGGAUUGGAAUUAUUAUGGUGAUAUAUUUACAUCAUUUUGCUCUAUUUUGAUGGGUGUUUUCAUGAUGUCUUGUUACUUUUAUGAGCAUAUACAAUUAAUAUAUUUAUCAUAUAUAUUAUAUGGUCUAGUUAGUGAAGCAAUAUUAGUAAUAACCUUGUGUGAAAUGGCAAAUCAUCUUAAGAGUCAUUGUUAUUCCCUUGUAAUAGGGUUUAAUUUAUUAGGUUCCUUAGUUAUGUCUGCCAUUAUGACGUUUUUCUUUGUUCAAUUUAAUUUUUUAGAAAUUACUGUCCCUGGACGAUUUUUGUUCAUUGGUGGAUUGUACAGUGUCCUCGGAACCAUGUUUUUAAUCAUCCACUUUUUCGACUGUGAAAAAGAAAAUAAUAUAUACUGACUGAUAUUUAUUAAUUAUUUAUUUAUUGAUAUACAAUAUAUACAGUGGCGCAAAUAGGGCUAAAAUGUUGAGGGGAAGGGGGCUGUAGCCCCCACUUGAUACUACAUGAAAAGUAACCCGCGAGGGCAAUGUCUAUAUUACCUUCUAAAUUUAAAAAAAUCAUAAAAAAAAAAAAAAAUAUAUUUAUUUACUCAAGUUUUAUUUUUCACAAUAAUAAUAUAAUGCCUGUGGUAGGUGAUCGGAAUAAAAACCCCAGAUUUAAAUAUUACUCACAACCACAUGAAAAUGAUUGAACAAAUAUUUUUUAAACGCUAAUAAGUAUAAUUAGUUAUUACCACAUUAUUAAUAUUUAAUAUUUCAUUACAAAUAUAUAAUUAUAGUAAAUUGGUAUACUUAUAUCAUUAAAAAAAAAUUAAAAAUCAUAUUUUGUAUAUUAUCAUCCAUAUUCAAAGCUUAAAAUAAAUACCUAUUGAAUACAAUUUAAAUUACUUUUAUAUCUAUAUAAUAUAUAAAAUUGAAUGUAUGUGUGUCCAUAUUACCAUGGCAACCAUUUAUAUAUUAUUUUGAGAUUUCCAAUGGAAAUUUUAUUAUUAUUCAUAUAGAGUUGGCAUUUUUAAUGGGCAACAAAGUGCACGGUAUCAGCUAGUUUAUAUUAUAAUUUUCAAACAUUAACAAUAAGAUUUUGUUUUAUGUUAUGUAUAAUUCUGUAAAAAUGAAAUCCCUGAAAUAUAGUAUUACGUUUCCUUAUAAAUUAUAAUACCUCAAAUUUAUUAAUAAUAAUAAUAAUUAUUGUAAAAAUGACUUCUAAUAAUAAUAAUUAUUAUUAUUAGAACUUGGAAGUCAUUUUUUCAAGCUUUACUUAUAGAUACAAUAUUUGAAAGAUUAUAAAAUAAAAAAUAAAAAUAUUUCAAAUGAUCGAUACAUCAAAUAAUACAAAUAAUUAUCAAACAAUAGUUAAUGAAUGUAGGUACCCAUUCUUUUAAAAGAACCAUAUGUUAUUUCAAAUUGUUAUACAAAACAAAUAAUAUUAUUGUUAAUGUUUGAAAAUGAUUGAUUAUAUUUUAAUUCAAUGAUAAAUAUUAAAUAGGUAUACUAAUACGGCUAUACCUAGAGUAUAUUUGUAAUUAAAUAUUAAUAAUGUAGUAAUCACACUCAUUAGAUUUUAAAAAAUAUUUGAUCAAUCAAUUUCAUGUAUUUGUAAGUAAUAUUGUAGUCUGGGGAUCCUUUUUCCUAGGGUCGGGGAUUUUUUUCCCUGAUUGUUCAUUGGGGUUUUUUUCCAGGGAUUUUUAUUCCGCAAUUCACUAUUUGUAUAUUAUAGUUCAGUGCAUAUACUGUAAAAUUAUGUAUAGUGAUCUUACCAAUAUAUUGACAUAAAUCGUUUCCUUAAAACAAAUACAGGCAUACAGCUAAUGAUGUUUACUAUAUUUAUCAUAGGCAAUAUAAGAUAAUUAAAAACUUAAAAUAAAAAUUAGAUAAUUACUUUUUUUCAAAAAAAAAAAAAUUAGAAAUACAAUUUGUCAAGGUUUAUUAAUAUUUUAGGAAACAAUUGAAUAAUUUAUUUUUGUUGGGCUGAGCCCCCCAGCCCCUCUCCCUAGUUGUGCUUCUGAAUAUACAUCAUUACCUCAAGUAUUUUAUAUAGUUAUUACUGGUUUAUUUGAAUUCAUACACAAAACUAUGAAAUUAAACCCAAACCUGUGACUUGUAAGUAUUUAUUCAAAUUAUAUUGCCUGUCUUCAAUAUACCAUUUUUAAAUGAGUCAUGAAAUAUUUUUUUCUAUUAUUAAUACAUAAUAAUUAUAAAUUAUUUCGAAUGUAUGUAUAAACUAAUAAAUAAUCUCAAACAACUCAAAACUAUUUUUGUCAAAGAAAUUAAUAAUAUUAAAUGUAAAAGAAAAGAAUUGUUACAAAAAUGUGUAUACUCUUUCGAAAUAAGUUUGGAAAAACUGUGCAGCCUUGGAACUGUAGGACUGUUUUGAUUUGCUGCAGUGGUCGGCAACGCUGAUGGCAGCAACAAGAUUGCACAUGCUCAAACCAUGACACUUUUCCGUCGGGAUUUCUUUCCUAACUUAUUUGAAAUAGUUGAUAUAUGUGUAUAUAUUGAUUAGUAAGAAACUUGUUGGUUAGUUCGUUGAUGAUAACGACUUCACGGGGCGACCGAAGUCCGCCGCCCCAGACCUCACGUUUUGGGUUGCAACUCCGCAAGCAGGACUCAGCCGCCGAUCUCGCGUUCCGUCCUAUAGGCUUCCUCUGCCUGCCUCACUCUCUCUUCCUCUUCUUAGAGUCAGGAUCUCCUCCACCAUCUUGUAAAAGAUUCUGAACGUCUUAUCUAUCGUUUAGCACCUAGGCUCUCGCUAGGUGGUCGGUCGGUAGGUUUUCAAAGGCUGGGCCACAGAUAAUGGCCAUAAUAAGUGAUUAUAGAACCUAACUUAACAUAUUAAGUCCAGCUUAGUUAAAAAUUGUAACCAUUAAUAAAAUCUAAAAUAAUGUAAUUUCACCAAGAGAUUAUAACCACAUACUUCUCGAACUAUGUUUUAAAUUUGAUAAAUAUUUGCUCGAAUAAUAAUAUUUCAAAUGCAUUUAAAAUUCAGACAUUUGUUGAUAAGUGUUAAAAUGUCAAGUCUUUAGGUUUGAUUUUUGGAGUUACUACUGUAUAGCUAUAAUAAUUUGUAUGAUUCGGUAAAUUGACCGUUUUUAGUUGAGCUCAAUUAUUGUUAAUAAUAUCAUAGAUAUUAAUAAAAUAAAAAGUUCAAUAUUCCAUGUUCCAAUAUUUUGGUUUUUCCGAAAUUGAGAGUUUUUUUAGAAAUUUGUCUAUUGAGAGUCAAAAAUUACUUGUUUAAAAUACCAAGCUGGGGUGAUUUUUAUCUAAAGAUGUGUAGAUGAAUUGUUCACAUCAGUAUAUAUCUAUCCAAUAAUUUGCAUACAGGAUAAAAAAAAGAUGAAGAAAUAAAUAUAAUUGCAAAACCAAUAAAUAGAUCCCUUCAGUAGAAAUCUAAAAUUAUAAUUUAAUGUAAAUAAUAAUUUGCUCUAAAUUGAAUUUAAAUGUGUAAAAUAAGGAUUAUUUAUUUUUAUUUUUUGGGACUUAUUUUGGAUAAUAUACCUAGUAGGUACCUACCUAAUGUGUAAUUUAUGUAAUUUACUAAUAUUUUAUAAUGUUUUGGUUGCAUGCUCAGCGGAUUGGUCUGCUUCUUCUUUAAGUGUUUUACUAUAUUUUUAUCUAAAUGUAUAGGAAAAUUCCUCUAUGCCCCCCCCCCUCUAAUACGCCACUACUCUCAUACUCAUAUGUUUUACAAAAAUUACUAAAAACCGUAAAUGGGUAUAUAUAAGUAGUUUGUAAAUGAUGGAUGAGUAUUACGUCAUGUUUAAUAAAUAUUUAAAUUUUACGUAAAUACGUAAUAGGUAUGUUAAUCUUUAAUUGUUGGUUGUCGGUAACAUAAUUACUUAAAUUAUUGUUCAAUAAGUAGGUAAGUAUGUAGUUUAUCGGAGUAAAAUUUAAUAUUAGUCAUUAAUAUUUUUUUUUCAAGAAAACGUUAUCAUCAUAAUAAAUUCAUUGUACCCUGUAAAAUAGGUUACUAUAACACUGUAAAUAAUAAUUAUUAUGAUUCAGUAGCGUAUUUAGGAAUAUCUCAUGGAGGGGGUCCUGCUAAUUUUCCAAAUAUAUUUAAGUGGGGGGGCUUCGCUACAGAAUAUAUUAACACAUAUAUUAGAUGUUUAGAUAGAUAUUUAUGGGGCCAAUGGGGGUGGGGUGGUCCGGACCCCCAAGGACCUCCCACCCCGUAAAUACGCCACUGUUAUGAUUCACCUCAGUAGCCAGUAGGUACUUACUUUAUUACAUACAAAUUGUGAAUUUAAAUUUUAGUUGAUAUAGUACUAUGGUCGAUCCAUAUUAUUAGCUACCUAUAUAUAUAUAUAUAGGUUAUAAUACCUGUAUAUACUAACAUACCUAGUCACCUUUCUACUGAAGUCAAGUGAACACAAAGCGAGUUGUAGCUGUAUAGGUAGCAAUUUAUAGAAGGCAUAUUAAGGGUUAUUAGUUAGGUAUAUACUUUAUAAUAUAAAAUAUGAUAAUAUAUUAAUAUAUUAAAUUUGUUAAAAAAAAAUGAAUUUAUUUUAUAAUAAUUUGUUCACGUUCUUAGCGAUGGAAAGCUGGAAAAUAAUUACGUAUAAUGUCGCGGUAUAUAUGUUUUUAUUUGAAGUACGACCUCUUGAAACAUAUUUAACAGCCUAUCUUACUGGACCAGAUGGAAACGUUUCGCUUUCAGAGGUGGCUAAUUCUAUGGAGUCA